AUGGUUGCCAUGGACUGCGCCUUGCGUGAUGACUGGACUCAUGAGUGCAUUCCAAUACCUGUGAUUUUAAUCCAGAUUCUCUCUAAGAGCUUUUGCGUCUUUGUGGUGAUCGACGCGGUUGUUUUCGCGCUCUAUGGCGUCAGCUUGUACUACUCCCGCAGACCGUAUUGUCGAAUAUUGAGUUUUGGAUGUCUCGUCUUCGGAUUGCAGUUGUGUCUUCCCCAGGUUUGGUUGGAGAGCCUGGAUCCAAGAUACAUGGCUUCCUCAAAGCUCUCGGUCUACUUGCUCUUUGCCAUCGGCGACGUUGUCGCACAUGUUGGUCUUAUGAUGAGUGUUUACUGGGACAUUUGCAUGGAGGCUGUGCUUCUGAUCUAUGCAUUGGCACCUGCACACCAAAGAAUCGGAUACAAAGUAUCCACCUGGGUGGGAGCCAUGUCAGUUGCGAGCCAGGUCUUGUUCUUGAUUCCGUUUUGGACUCUGAUGUACCACUUGCCGAUGGGUUCGACCCGAAAUUUUCUUUCAGGCACAUUCUUCGUUGUGCAGUGCUUCACCAUCUUCGGGGUCAUUCCUGCGGCAGGAUUCACGGUUCUUGCUCAUGGUGUGCGCAAACUCCGGGGCAAGUUGCCUACAAGCAUUCCAAGACACUUGACGCAUCGACUGCGUUUCACACAGCUGGGCAUUGCAAUUUUCAUUUUGAUGGGUGUUGCGGAUGCAUUCUUUGCAUUGAUUCCAGCAACGCAACCAUUCAUUAGGAAUUUUUCAAGUUUUUUGUAUGUCAAUCUCGUCCUCACCUCCCUCGCCAUCUUCACCUUUCUCCUGCUUGCCGUGGAGUUGUACUUGAACAUCCAGCAGAUACGAAGCACGACGGUCUCCCCGGUUCCACUUCAGGCGCAUGCUCUGGCCAACAUUGUGAAGCAUGGCGUCGCCAUGCUCGCAAGAGAUAGCCAGUUUCAUGCUCCGGCUGCUGUAUGGGAGCGAGGCGUUCUGCUGACGGUCGCGACUGGUUUCGGCGACAUUCUGGAAGCCAAGAACAUCUUGGCAGCCAAGUGUGGCCCAGGGGAGACGACCAGCGACCUGUGUGUGGAGCUUCUGAGACCGCUCACCGAGGAGGCGAGGUGCUCUGCCUGGGAAGGGCUUUACAAAGGACUCGAACUCCAGUCCUCAGCGCGGACAGAGUCCGCUGUGUCAUCGAAAUACGUCGGAAAGCCGACGGUGAUGGUGAGCCACUGUUGGGCAAGCCCAUACUCCCAGCUCAUGGCCAUUUUGAAGCGCUAUGACGAGAAUACCAACAGAAACAACUUCUUCUGGAUUGAUGUCUUUAGCAUGAACCAGCACGAUUUUGCCAACCUCAGCGGAAAGAGUCGUCCAGACAUCCAUCGCUCCGCAAGUGUUUACGACACCAUGUUGGUAGCGCUGACCCGAUCCAUCAAAGUGCCCGGACGCAUGCUGCUUGCUCUCACACCACAUGAGCAGCCGGAGCUGCUGUCGAGGGCAUGGUGCUUGUACGAGAUCUACAUUGCCUGGACGGUCGGCGCAGAGGUCUGCUGUGGCUUCGUGCCCGAAGCGGAGCAAUCUGUGAAGAGGAGCCUGUUGCAAGACGAUGUGCUGAUCAACCAGAUGCUGGACUCCGUCGACGCGGAGAAGUCGCGUGCCACCGUGGAAAGUGAUAGAGCCAUGAUUAUGGAUUUGAUCGCAGCAGCAGGCAUAAGUAAUUUUAACUCUUUCGUCCGGAAGCAGUUACAAGCUUCCUUGCGCAUGCUCGCAGUUACCACCUUCCUGAAAAUCAGAACUGCAGCUCCCACAAACGUGGAAGCUGCAGAGGUAGUCGACCCGAGCAGUCCCAGCUCAGUAGCCACGCGUAGUCAGUUCCUUCACGCCGAUGCGAAGUUCCACUCCGAGGAGGAGGCUCCGGAGGAUGCGGAUCUCUACGCCCUCGUGGAAUCGAUCGAGCCCUCAUCUUUUCAAGUGAAUGUUGCAGACUUGGGCUUUUCCUUUCACUCGGAGGCCUUUUCGGUGUGA